ACAUUCAUCGAGUGACGCACCGGAAGCAGAAUCACUCCUGUGUUUUUUCCAGCCCAACUUUUCAUCCUCCCCUCGCCUUAGAGAAAAAAGACAGACUCUGGAGUUUUGACGAAAAUGGAAUAUAAAUUGAUAAUGGCGGUCUCCGGGUUCCCGAGUCUCUACGACCCGAGCUGUGUGACCUACAGAGACCUGAACAUGAGGAGCGACUCCUGGAAGCAGGUCUCAGCGAUGGUCGGGGUCCCUGGUAAGAGUCUUCGCUACUCUAUAAACAAUCUGAUGAACAGUUUUAUCUCCAAAAGCGGGAUUAUUUAACCCGGAAUGCAGAUAGACCAUCAGAAAACACCACAAUACUGGAUUUAUGAAAUGAUACCUCCUUCUGAAGAUCAAAACAAAGCGAGUCCGUCCCUUAUUGUCUUCCGUAUUCGAGUUACGCGUAUCCAAGCGUCCAUGGUUCCCCCUUGACGAUGAAUAGUAAAUCUGCAGGAACCACUAACAAAUUUGUGUAAAUUCAGAGUCAAGAAGCAAAACAAUACACAAGAAACUCCACCGGAGCUUAUCCACAAAAUUCACAAACGGGAGUAAACUUUACAGCGAACAUUAUUCAAUUGGUAUUAUGUAGACAUGGUGAAAAGUCAAAGUCAAAUAUGCUAUACAUGUUAAACAUACAGGACAGAUGAAAAUUCAGUCCUCUCAGACCCACGGUGCAUAAGAAUUAACUAUAAGAAUAAAACUAAAGGAUAAAUAUGAAAUAAAUAACUAAGCUAAACAAAAGACCACCUUAAAUAUGCUCAAUUUAACAAUACAAACAGCAUGAAGGAAAAAAGUGUAACAGUUUAAAUAUAAGGAAGAAGGUGAGUAGAAGAAAGUGAAUUUAAACAGCAUGGCAGUCCUGAAGUGGGCGCAAUCGUGCAAAUAUGGCAAUGUGGAAGUAGUAGUGCAAAUAAAUGUAAUACAGUAGUGGAAAUGGUGCAAUGAUAAGGGAUAAAUUAAAAGUGUGCAGUCCUGAGGUUGGUGUGUUUGUGGGCGGGCAGAGUCAGUGGGGGUCGGGGGGGAGUUGAGCUCUGGACUCUGUAGUCUGGUUCUCUUACAUUUUUAUUAACUGAAAUAAUCAAACCAGACCUCACAAGCUAAAACUGUGUUGUGUGUUAUCAAAACUUGGAGGAUUUGUAUAACAUUGAAGAUACACAGAAUUAUGCUGUCAUUCAGUGAAUGUGUGUACAACAGGUUUUGGCAUUCAUUUGUUAAUAUCAACAUGUAUAUCUUGUCAGAGUCUGAGUGCAGGAGGAAGUGGAAGAUGCUUAGAGACCAACACCGAAGGGAAAGGCAGCGGGAGAAGGACCGUCGAGAGAGCGGCAUUGGGCUCAUGAACUACAGACCAUGGAGAUACUCAGCCAUCCUGUCCUUCUUAAACCCGUUUAUUGAUGCCCGAGCUGCAGGAACCAAUGGCUGGGCCCUGGACCCUCAGCCUCCUUACUUACAGCCAUCUGAGAUGGUCGGAUGCAGCACAACGACGGAAACACGGAGUGACGACGACGAUAAUUUCGGUUUGUAGACAAAGAUGGAAAGAUUAAGGAGAGUUUGAGAGUUUAACUGGUCUGCACUAGCCUUUUAGUGAGGAGCUGAUUUGUGUGGCCACUUUACCAUAAAGUUUAUUAGUAGGGUUGACCUUCUGGAAGGUUCUUCUGUUUCUAGAGAGAUAUCCCUGAGCUAUUACUCAGACAACCUGCGUCUGUCAUUACUCUGUCAUUACUGGUUUUUGUAGAUUUUUGAGAAGAAAGAUGAAGCCUUCAGACUGUAAAUCACUCUGCCUACUAUAACAAGAUAGUGCACAUCUUUAACUCCCUUUGUGAGAUGUUUUUUUAUCAGUUUUUUCAUGUUUGAAUCUUUUCAAUUAAAAAAAAAACUUGUUUUCUAUAUAAAAAUGUAACAUAAACAUGUCUUUCUCUGUAGCCAUCGCUGUUGCAGAUGCUACAACAACAACAUCUUCAUCCUCCUCCUCAGAGUUUGUUCAGAGAAAGCGACCGUCGUCUGCCAACACAGACGUCAUCAGACUCAAAGAGGCAAAGAUUGAGAUGAUUUCAGAGACCGCAGCUACGGAUGAUGGUGUUCAAACUCAACACGUCCAGCAGGGGAAUGUAAGGGAGCUGUUUGAGACCAUCAUGCAGUCCGUCACAUCUUUGGCAGCAUCCUUAGCGUCUUCACAGUCCUCCUCGCAGCUCUCUGAUCAGCUGAUGCCUCCUUCCCCGGAGCAGCAGACACACCGCAGCCUCUGGCAGUCCAGGAUGAACCAGCUGAAGACAGAGGAGCAGGAGGUCAUUGACGCAGAACUUUUAGACCAAGCUGAUGGAGAGGAAGAGUUUCACACCACGUCUCCCAGGCCAACCCGAGUCUGGAGGAGGAACACUGAGGGCCUGUUGGAGGAGUUCCUGAGGAGGAAGGAGACCCGCGAGGCUCAGAAGGAGCGGGAUGUGGACAAGAGAGACGAUGUGACGCUGUAUUUACUCAGCCUGGCACCUGCCAUGAGGAGGCUUUCUGCUGAGAAACAGUCUUGGCUCCGGACAAAGAUUCAGCAGAUUGUGCAUGAAGCCGAGUUUGGAGCCACAAACUUUUCCUGAUAUUUCACAAACACUAAUGUCAAACUGUGGCCUUGUCCACAUGUAGCUGGGUAUUUGCUAAAACGAAUAUAUUUUCAUACGUUUUGGCCUGCCAUCCACACAAAACCGCAGGAUUAUUAUUACUGCGUUUGUGUGUGGACAUAGAUAACCAGAGUUUUAAAUUCCCAAACGUCUACGUGUGUACAAGGCCUGUCACAUAUAAAUACUGUUUACAAUGAUCUUUACUAUAACUGCACCAUUCUGUAGAGACUUCAUUAAUGUUCUUUUUUUUAUCAAACCGUUGGCUGUUUUCCCUCCUUUUUUGUGCUUUUUUCAAAAAAAUUCUCUUUUGUUUUUAUAUAUAAACUUAAUAAAGUGAAAACAUCUUUACUGUCCUUUUUUUAAAGUAAUACUCAGUAAGAAUAUAUUCAACUACAUACUGCUAAGAAGUCACUCAUUGAAGCUAACAUUAUAAAUUGUCUGUUUAACUGGUGGAUUGUUUCGUAGCUUUUCAUUUUACAGGGACAGAGUGCAUAAAUAAACAAUUUUGUAAACAUGCUCAACA